AUGUCACAUUAUCAAGGUGGUGGAGGAGGUGGAGGUGGUGGUGAGAGACACCAUGGCGGAGGAGGAGGAGGUGGUGGUGGCGGUGGUGGAGAAAGACAUCAUCACGGAGGUCAGCAACAACAUCAUCAUCACAGACACAACAACUAUCAAGCAUCGAAAAUGGUAUACGAUGGUAAACGUAUGAGAAAAGCUGUAGUAAGAAAGACUGUAGAUUUCAAUUCUACUCUAAUCAAGUAUCAACUCGCUAGAAUCUAUCAACGUGACUAUAGAGAUCAUUUUGGUGUACAACCAGACCCAAUAUAUAUUAAAGAAAUUCUACCACCAAUUGCAUUAGAUUCAAAUCCGAUAACAAGUGUUUGUACACGUUUCAUUCAUACAUCAACAAAUAAAGUUAAAUAUCCUAUCAAUUGUGUAUCUUGGACACCCGAAGGUAGAAGAUUGGUUACAGGAUCAUCGAGUGGAGAGUUUACAUUGUGGAAUGGUUUGACUUUUAAUUUUGAAACUAUAUUGCAAGCACAUGACAAAGCGGUUCGUGCAAUCACUUGGUCACACAAUGAGAAUUGGAUGGUCUCCGGUGACGACACUGGUCAAAUCAAGUAUUGGCAAUCAAAUAUGAAUAACGUAAAGGUAUUUCAAGCGCACAAAGAAUCGAUUCGUGAUAUCUCUUUCUCGCCGACCGACUUGAAGUUUGCGUCGUGCUCCGACGACGUCACCAUCAAGAUGUGGGAUUUCGCGCGUUGCAAAGAGGAGCGUAUCCUGACGGGACACGGUUGGGAUGUAAAGUGUGUCAGUUGGCAUCCCACAAAAUCGAUAUUGGCAUCGGGUUCCAAGGAUAAUCUCAUCAAGAUUUGGGAUGCCCGCUCAGGCGAGAACAUCUCGACGCUGCACGGCCACAAGAAUACGAUUGUACAGGUCGAGUGGAAUAAGAAUGGAAACUGGCUCGCUAGCGCCAGUAGAGAUCAGCUGCUGAAGCUCUAUGAUAUUAGAACGAUGCGUGAGAUACAAACGUUCAAGGGUCACGGUAAGGAGGUGACUUCGGUCGCUUGGCAUCCGUUCCACGAGGAUCUGCUGGUGUCCGGUGGCUUUGACGGUUCGAUCCUCUACUGGAUCGUCGGACAAGACCAGCCGCAAGGCGAGAUACACGGUGCUCACGAGGGCAGUGUCUGGUCGCUUUCCUGGCAUCCGAUUGGCCAUAUUCUGGCGAGUGGAUCCAACGACUACACCACCAAGUUCUGGUGCCGCAACCGUCCUGGUGACACCAUGAAGGAUAAAUAUAACAAUCCACACGCCAACAACGAUAUUGAGAACGAGGAUGAAGUGGACACUCGUGAGUUUAUGAUACCGGGAAUCGGAGGUGGAGCGUCGUCGCUUCCAGGUCUCGGUGGAUUGGCUUCGUCGUUUGCAUUUGAGUCGGUGCCAGCUGCGCAAGUGGUCGUCGAGGCUCCACAACAGCCGCUAUUCAAGCAGGAACCACAUACUUCCUCACCGACUUUGAUUGGCCAAGCGGCGCCACCAUCCAAUAAACUUCCAGCACACUUCCAACCACCCCCACAUUUCCAACCGCCACCCAACAACAACAACUUUAAACAAUCACCUCAAUUUAAUCAAAAUCCAUAUCAACAUCAACACCAUCAACAACGUGAUAAUAAUAAUCAAUCUCCACCACCACCAAAUCAAUAUCAGCAACAACAGCCACCACAAAUGAAUCCUCAAAUGAAUUCACAAAAUCCAUAUCAACAACAACAACAACCCAAUCAAUAUCAUCAACAAAGACAACAACACGGUCAACCACCAAAUCAAUUCCAACAAAAGCAAAAUAGUCCGCCACUUGGAGGUCAACCUUUCCCACCUAACCAAUUCCAACAGAUGCCACCACAGCAACAUCAAAUGAACCAAUACCAACAACAACAACAACAACCAAAUCAAUAUCAACAAAUGAAUCAAUUACCACCAAAUCAAAACCCAUACAUGCAACAACAACAAUCACCUAACAUGCCCAACCAUAUUAUACAACCACCUUCAUUUGGUAAUAAACCAAGAGGUCCACCAAAACAAUAA